CCCAUAGCAACCAAUCAGAUCGCUUCUUUCAUUUUGCAGAGGCAUUUUCAAAAAUGAAAGAAGCGAUCUGAUUGGUUGCUAUGGAAAACGCAGCGGCUUUUCUGCUGCACUUACUGUGAAUAAGAGCAGUGAGGUCAUUGCUCUUGGUACCACUUUCUUGACAAUGGAGCCAAGUCCAGAAAGUAAACAGCAAAGAAGAUACCCCAAGGAAUAUUCACAGAUGGACCAAUGAUCGCCCUAUGUGAAAGAGACUCUGCUGCAGGAAGGGUGCCCACUCAGAAUAUUCAUGGAUUGCUCGCAGAAUGGCUGGUGCAGUAGAAGUGUAGUUAGGAAGGGAGACAAAGAGAGCAGUCAAGAUGCAGCAAGCGAGAGGAUGAGACAGAAGCAUAAGCCAAGAACAAAGCUAAUGGUCAGAGCCAGGAGUAGACCAGGAGGUCACAGAUGAACAAUCCAAGGGGUGGGUCAGAGGCCAUAUCCAGCAACAAGACUUAGGCCAGGACCAGGGUCAGUGAGGGUGCAAAACCAGGAACAAUAGCAAAGGGAACAAAAGCCAGAACAAGUUCUUCUGAGAUGAAGUCCUGGCUGGUGCUUACGCUGCUCAUAGUUGGCUAUUUGGCCUAUCUUUUUUUAGGCGCACUGGUGGUCUCCACUAUUGAAAGUCCAUAUGAGCAAAGUUUGCGUCAGGAGCUGAAGCGGCUAAAGCAGACAUUUUUAAAUAAUAGUCCAUGUGUGAAUGACAGUGGCUUAGAGGCCUUCCUGGAAAAAGUGAUCAGCGCCAACAGGUUUGGGGUCUCGGUCUUGUAUAAUUCAUCUAAUGAAAGCAGAUGGGACUUUGCAUCUUCCCUCUUCUUCUCCAGCACAUUGGUGACCACUGUCGGUUAUGGAUACACCACUCCUCUCACAGACUCCGGGAAGGCAUUCUGUAUCUUUUAUGCUCUGGUUGGGGUUCCAUUUACAAUGCUGGUCCUCAGUGCCGCAGUCCAACGCCUUAUGUCUACUUUUACCUACCGGCCGAUCCGCUACUUCCAACUUCACAGAGGCUAUGACCGCAAGAAGGUCACUGGUGUUCACUUUGUGGUCUUGGCUUUGGCUGUGCUGAUCCUGUUCCUUGUAGUGCCAUCCGCCAUAUUUAGUUCCAUAGAAAGUUCUUGGAGUUUCCUGGAUGCAUUUUACUUUUGUUUUAUCUCAUUAUGCACAAUUGGACUGGGAGAUUACGUGCCCGGGGAGCAGGACAACCAGUGGCUCCGUCAGCUCUACAAAGUGUCUGUGGCCUUCUACCUCCUACUUGGUCUUAUGGCCAUGCUGCUGAUCCUCCAGACAUUCCACAAAGCUUCAGAUCUCCAUGGACUCACAGAUCUCUUCUACCUCCCCCACCUUCAUGACCUCGAUGACCAGGAGCCCAUUCUGGACACUUCAAACUCUACUCUGAGUGACAAAGAACCUAAAAGACCACUGACCACAGGGGCCCAAACCAGCUAUUCUACCAUCAACCGAUAACCCGGAACCAUAUUGUAACUGGCACCAUGUAAACACCGGAGUAUAAAAAUGCACCAUUCAUACUUCUGAAACCUUCCAUGCAAGGAGAUUGUGUGACCACAAGUCAUUAUGUUAUUAAUAGGUUUACAUUAGAAUGAAGAGGGUAUAUAUGAAUUAUAUCCUCUAUUAGAUUUCCAAGUGUAUAUUUAUAUCUCUUACCUUUCUGUAUGUCUCACGUAUGUUUUACACUACCCUGAUUUUUAUUAACAGGUCAUACCUCUUCAAUAUACAUUUUAUGUGCCUUGACUGACUGAAGUAAGGAUAGAUAGCUAAAGAUUUAUUCUCAUCAAUCUGGUAGUUGGGAGAACAAUCCUAUACCCCUUGCCCUUGCUACCACCCAUUGUCAUAGCUGGCCAUAUACAUAAGAUAGCUGUUCAGCCAUCAGAACACUCUCCUUACACAUGCAUGUUUGAGUCAGCUGAGCAUGCAUGUGUUUUCAAUUGAUAGAGGGGAGAAAGCCGAUACCAGAUACCUUUGAUGUGGCUUAUCUCCUUAAAAGGGAACUCCGGUGGAAACAAGUGGAAAACAAAUGUUUUCAAAAUCAACUGGUGCCAGAAAGUUAAACAGAUUUGUAAAUAACUUCUAUUUAAAAAUCUGAAGCCUUCCAGUACUUAUCAGCUGCUGUAUACUACAGAGGAAAUUGUGAAGUUCUUUCUAGUCUGACCACAGUGCUCUCUGCUGACACCUCUGUCCGUGUCAGGAACUAGAUUAGAGAAACAAAAAGAAGACCACACAAAGCGCCUAGCGCAUUAUCCCCAAUAAAUCGAUGGAAAAGAUGGAUGGUAUGUGCUCACCUGGAGCACAAAAGAUAUGCGCAUAUAACCCAAGGCAAUGGGUAGGUAGUUUUCUGUGUAUUCCCUGGAGGAGUUGCAAAGCCGUGGGAAGGUGGAUGAGGAUUGGCGUCCGUCCACAAGAGAUAAGCUAAAAGCAGAAGAAAAAUUCCCCUCUAGGCGCAACCGCUCUCUGAAUGGAAUCGAGUGAAAAACUUUUUCACUCGAUUCCAUUCGGAGAGCGGUUUGCGCCUAGAGGGGAAUUUUUCUUCUGCUUUUAGCAUGUCAGGAACUGUCCAGAUUAGAAGCAAAUCCCCAUAGAAAACCUCAUCUGCUCUGGACCGUUCCUGACACGGACAGAGGUGUCAGCAGAGAGCACUGUGGUCUGACUGGAAAGAAUUUCACAAAUUUCUCUGUAGUAUAUCUGGAGC